AUGUCUGACCUGGAGAGCACAGUUGGAGCGCCGGUGGUGGCGGGCGAAAGCAAGAAGCGAAAGCGGACAGGCAAAGACAGGAAAGAGGCCAAAGCACUCGCCGAGCAGGCUCAAGCGCGUAUGGCCGAGCUCAUCGCUUCUGCUAAAGAAUCUGAGCCUGUCCCUGCCCCAGUCAUCGCGCAGACCAAAGUGGAGACUGGUGCCGCUGAAGCGGCAAAGGAAUUGAAGGCGCAGGCGGAUGCUGCUGCGGCUGCUGCAUUUGCGGCCGCGGCGGCAGCUAAGCGCGAACCGGAGAGUAUCGCCGGACGGAUACCACAAGGUCUAAAAGCGAUCCAUCCGCUUUUGAAGCAGGCGCGGACAUUCGAGACGCAGCGAUUGAUCAAGAAGGUCCGGUGGUCUAGGAGUAAGGAGGAGGAUGUCACAGAUAUGGAGGCCCAGAUCGCUGCUCUCUCGGACCUUGACCUUCACGACCUCGCCAUCACCCACCUCCGUCAGAAGAUCUCCAAGCACCACCUAUUCAAACAUAAUCCUCUUCCCUCGCCCAUCUCCUCCGCUCUCGAAUCUCCCUCGGCUCCAUCAUCGGCUGAAUCAAGUACCAGCGCCCUGGCCGCUCAGAAAGCCAAAGCCGAGAACCGUCUCGUCAGCGCCAAGCUAGUUGCUGAUGGGAUGAAGGAUAUUCUAGCAUGGGUAGCAGGAGAACCAGGGGCGAGGCUCGUCAGUCGGCCGAUGGCGGCCAAGAAGGAGAAGGAGAGGAAGAAGGGGAAGGGGAUGGAUGAGGGACGGAAGAGGAUGUUGGAGGCUGUUCAGGAUAUUGAUGAGGAGGCUGACGAGGGGAGCGAAGGGGAUGACGAGGGAGAGGAGGGGAUAGGGGGAAUAAUGAUCGGCAGUGGAUCUGAGGGAGAGGAGAGCGAUGGGGAGGUGGAUGAAGAGGGUAUGGCGGCGGACGCGGCGGGAUGGGAGUCUGGGUCGGUGGAUGAUCUAGACUCGGGAGAUGAGGAUGAAGAGGAGGGCUUCGAGUCAGGGUUCGAGACGGACGACUCUGGAGCGAUCAUCCCGGCAAAACGAUCCAAGCCCACACCAUCAUCGACCAAACCCAAAUCUACCCUUGUCCCAGUCCCCACUCCCAAAGCCAACGCCAACGCCAAAUCCGCACCUGGCACCAAACCCGCAAAGCCAACGAAAUCGACCAAGCUCGAGAAGGUUCCCAAGGCCAAACCUCAGAAGCGGGAAGAUAUCACCUCGUCCCUCUUCCUACCCUCGCUGGCGGCCGGAUUCACGAGAGGCGACUCGGACGACUCGGAUCCGGAUAUGGACUUUGAUGCGGAUGGGUCGGGGAUGAUUGGGAAGCAGGGGGCGGAGCGGAAGAACCGCCGAGGGCAACGGGCGAGGCAGGCGAUCUGGGAGAAGAAGUACGGCAAAAACGCCAAACACGUCGUCAAGUCCCGCGAGGCCGACAAUGUCGCGCAGGCCGAGAACAACAUCAAGAACGCGUACGGCAAGCGAGCUGCGGCGGUCGGAGGGGAGUCGGCAACACCGGCUGCGGCGGGCGGGCGGACAGUGGGCAGGCCAGCGGCCACCGCAGCGGCGGUCAGACCGACAACGACAUAUACGCCAAAAUCAGCUCCAGCAGCGGUCUCGGCGUCUGCACCUGCGCCUGUGUCUGCACCGGCGGCAGGUGGGGGACAGGGAUUGCACCCUUCUUGGGAGGCGGCGAGGCGGAAGAAGGCGAUGCUGGCAGCGGCGCCGGCGGCGCAGAAGAUUGUGUUCGAUUAA